AUGUUCCUCGUGAAAGUUUGGACAGUGUUGUUAAUAGUCAAUUUCUGCAGUGGGAAUUUUGUUAAUCCAUACCCCAGGCUGAAAUAUCGUCCUCUUUCCGGAGCCGAUGAUGUCGGAGAGCCCCUCUUUCUCACACCCCUCAUACAUUCAGGGCAACUCGAUGAAGCACGAAAUCUCUCCAUUGUUCGUCACCCCGAGAUGAACUUUGCCCCAAGUCACUCGGGUUAUCUCACUGUAGAUCCCAAAACAAACUCCAACCUCUUCUUCUGGUACUUCCCCGCCAAAGUGAGCCCCAAAGAUGCUUCGGUUAUUGUAUGGCUUCAGGGUGGACCAGGAGCAUCUUCGCUCUUUGGACUCUUCACCGAAAAUGGUCCAUUUGAAUUCACAAAAUCGGGAAAAGUUGCACCAAGGAAGUAUUCGUGGCAUCACAAUCACCACUUGAUCUACUUCGAUAAUCCCGUGGGGACUGGAUUUAGCUUCACAGACGACGACAAGGGCUAUUCCACCAAUGAAAACGAAGUGGGAAUAAAUUUGUAUGAAGCCCUAAGGCAAUUCUUCAUCAUCUUCAGUGAUAUCCAACCCAAUCCAUUUUGGGUCACAGGAGAGAGUUACGGUGGGAAGUAUGUCCCUGCUGUAACCCACAGGAUUCACAAGAUGAACGAACACGCUCAAGAAAAUGAGAAGAUCAACCUAACAGGAAUGGCUAUUGGCAAUGGACUGAGUGAUCCGCAGCAUCAACUGAAGUACGGAGACUACUUGUUUCAGCUGGGUCUGAUUGAUGCUCAUGGCCGAGACACAUUCCAUGAGUACGAGAAACGUGGCGAAGAUGCAAUUCAUAAGCGUGACUUCGAUACUGCCUUUGAGAUCUUCGAUGAACUCAUCAACAUGGAUCAGCUGCCCUCGGGGAGCCUCUUCAAGAAUCUCACGGGUUUCGAGACGUACUUCAAUUACCUCAAGAGCACCGACAGUGGCAUCGACGACCAGCACAUGGGGGACUUUCUGCAGCGUCCGGAUGUCCGAAAGGCCAUUCACGUGGGCAAUAACACCUUCCACGACACUUCCGGCGAGAACAAGGUGGAAGAGCACCUCAAACGCGACGUGAUGGAUACCGUGGCGCCGUGGGUGAGUGAAAUCCUCGCAGAGUACCGCGUGUGUAUCUACAACGGUCAACUGGAUGUAAUUGUGGCCUAUCCGCUGACUAUAAACUACCUGUCGCAGCUCAAAUUCAAGGAUCGUGACACUUACCUCAAGGCUCCCAGAUACAUUUGGCGCGUUGACAAGGACAUUGCCGGGUAUGCCAAGGAAGCGGGAAAUCUCGUUGAGGUCUUGGUGAGAAAUGCUGGACACAUGGUGCCGGCAGAUCAGCCCAAAUGGGCUAUGGAUCUCAUCACUAGACUUACUAGCUCAAAAUCAUUCGCAGAUUCCUAAAAACUUCUGGAAUCAUCAUUCACAUUAAUCGUGCUUUUUCUUUUUAAAUAAUUAAUUUCAUUUCAGAGGCUCUCUACCUUUAUAAUUAAUUACAAUGAGUAUCUUUAUAAUCAAUUUUAAUUGAAAUAGAAACUUAUUUUUUCUAAUGAGAUAAAA